AUGGGCAGCCAUAUAACAACUGUAAAAAUGAAUUCCUUCAGAAAAAACACUAGUCCUUUAUUGAAUGUAACUCUAUCUAAAUUGAGGGAUUAUCAUGCUUCUUUUAAAUCAAUCUGUGACAACUUCUCAAUGGAUUUGUCAGAAUUUGAACAUAUAUUUGGAGCUAGUGAAAGUGCUUUUGUUAUUUGGGAUACAGAUAAUAAUGGUUUAAUAGAUAGUUUAGAAUUAUUUAGUGGUAUUUGUAUAUUUAGUGAUACAAAAUUUGAUGAUAAGAUUAGAUGUAUUAUUCAUAAAAUAAUUUAUAGUUCUGUUUGAUUUGUUUGAUUUCAAUGAAUUAGAAUCUUUAUCACCUACUGAUAUUGAAUUUAUGAUUUAUUGUUGCAUGAGUGCCACUUUUAAAAUAUAUUCAAUAUCAAGUGAAAUCAAUAAUGAAGAAUUGACUGUUUUUGCCACUAAAUAUUUUGAAAAGGAGAAUAGAUUAACUGUGGUUGAAUUAAUCAAGUAUAUAUUUAAGAUAUGGCAGAGCAUCUAAGAAUUCCCCUGAAGUAAAUGACUUUUUCUAAAUUAUCAAGAAAGAUUUAAUCGAGAAAGUUGAUGAUGUAAAAAUUCAAUAAUAACAAUAAUAAUAAUAGUUUUGA